AUGGGAUUUGAGCAGGACAUUGUUGUGGUGAGCUCGCUCGUGGAUGUCUGCGCAAAGUGUGGGAGUUUGCUGGAUUCUCGCAGAGUUUUCGAUAGGAUGGUUCGUCACGACGUCGUCACCUCGCUCCUUCUCGGGUAUGCUGAUACUAGUUCUUCCAGAGAUCUUGGAGUGAGUUUGGAUUUGUUCUCGGCAGGCAUGGACGCUGCUAGAUGCUUGCCAAACUUGCGGACUUUUGUUGCAGUGAUCAAAGCUUGGCCGAACUUGGCCGUGAAAGAGGAUGGGAAGAAGGCGGUGAUGCUGCUCAAGGGGAGAGACUUACGCUUGCAAGCUGAGAAGCUCGGAUUUGGAAGCGAUGAUUUCGUAGCGGCCAGUCUGGGAGAGGUGGCUUACGAGCUUUUCCAGAGGUUUCUUCAACGACACAGAGAUGGAUAUAGUUGGAUCGCUCCCGAUGGAGUGACGUUUGCUGCUGCUUUGAACACUUGCGGCGGCAUGGCAGCGAUAAAACAGGCCAAACUCGGGACUGGAGAGCUGCUCAAAACUCUCGACAAAGUCAUGGCUCUUCACGUUCAAGCCGAGAAGAGCUUGUCGGGCGAUAAGUUUUGCAGGAGUGUCGGGAACAGUGUCAUGGAUUUGUACGCCAGUCACGCAGGCCUUGUGGAGAAACUCGGAGUUUUCCACAAGAUGGAGGGCGAGUUUAUGCGAGUGAGCUCCAGCUCGUUGCUGUGCUUCCUCACAGCUUGCAGUCACGCAGGCCUUGUGGAGAAAGGAGCUCGCUGUUUCGAGACGAUGGUAUCCAAGUAUGGAGCUUCUCCGAGCUUAGAACACUAUAGCGCAAUGGUCGAUCUCUACGGCCGAGCCGGCAAACUCGAGGCUGCUCUGAGCUUGGUAAAAGGCAUGGCUUUGGAAGAAAAUGCCGGGAUCUGGAGAAGUAUUCUCGGUGCCUGCUGGAAGUGGAAAAAUCCCGUGGUGGCAAGAGUUGCGUACAAGCUUUGCUGGAUAUGA